AAACAACCCAGCAUGUGAGCUGACUGCGUACAGCCUACAGCCUCAGGUGACCGUGAAGAACGUUCUCAGCUCUGCAAGGCGUUUCUGCAAGGCGCCUGAAUUGCACUGGUAGAGCAGAGAUCUAAAAGUGGGAGAUGAUACGGAGAAAAGGCGAGCAUCGUCGCAACAGCUUGAAGGCAUGACCAGCUGAAUGCUAGUGCUGUGAUUCUGAGCUAAAGAAGCAACCAUUGGUACUUGUAUCUCAACAGCUUUGUAGUAUCUGAAAUGAGCGGUCCAAAGCAGAAGAAGGUGCUAGCGUCUCUGCCCGGGGCGGGCCCAGAACCCAUCUUUGAGAGUGCGCGCUUCCAAUCGAGAUUUAGGGUUUUCACCAUUCUUUUCACCAUAGGGGCCACUUGUGCGCUGGUGACGUCAGACUUUGGGGACAGGGACCAUGUAUUCAGUGGGGUCAAGCGCUUGAUCGGACAGGGCCUGGACCGCUUGUUCCAGUUGGACGAGAAAGAUCUAGAGGAGGUACAUAGGCGUGCAGCAGAAAAGCGGGCGCGUGGCGGGCAGCUCUGAGUGGCAUCUGUGUGGCUCUGAGUGGGUCCCGAACACUGCUGCAACUUCCGACGCCCAGCUGCUGUCACAAAGGGGCACUUGGGGCACGGCAUUCGAAAGAUUAGCAACAACAAAACGUUGACAGCAGAAAGAGUCUGACUGCCGGAUUUCUCAAGCUGAGGGCUCAUGCGCAAAGCCGCAAGGCUGGACACCUGUCACCUUAGUAAGCAUGAGAUCCUGACGAUGGACUAGUUCCCGGAGGUCAGACAGCUGUCAAAGACUGGGAUCAGCCAGGAGGCUUCGUGAUGGGCACGGUAGAGCUGUGCCGACUCAGAGUCGGCUCACUCUCGGGUCUCGGUGCUGAGGCCGAAUGUUUGGCGGUCAAUCAAAAAGAAUCCAUCCCUGGGGGGCUUAGAUGUAGCAGUAAGAGUAACUCCAGUUUUGUAAAAGCUUCUAGCGGACUGAGGGCAGCUUUGUUCGACAAGCAAACAGCGCAAAGGACAAGGUGUCUUUGCGAAAAACAUCGAGGAGCUCCCCUUGGAUUAACAAACUGGGCCUACCUGGCCGCAGCUGGUGUUCAGGUUUGUCGAUUCUCAAGGGGAAUAGUAAGCAGCACUGGUUCUUACAGCAGUGGUCCUCGUCUAAGAUCAGCGCUGAGAGUCUCAGCUCCAGAGAGUCCAGCAAGCACUGUAGAGAUUGUCCCCAAUGAUAAAACCAUACCAGCAAGCAGCAUAGAACUGCGACAAGAGGAUGAGAAGAUACAGAGGCUUCGAGAGUGGCUCCUGCAACUAGGAUGGGACGAUUGCGGGCUCGCUGUUUUCGGGGGAGGCGUGGGAGGCUAUGCUGCGUAUGCGAAAGAGGAAGGCGUCGAAGAGGGAGACGAGAUUGUGAGAGUGCCGGAACCGGCGCUCAUGACUGUAGAGACCGCCGCGCGCUGCCCCCUUCUCGGGCCCCUCAUUCUCGCCCACGGCCUCACCCCCUGGCAAGCGCUCUCCGCGCACCUCCUUUGCGAACGCGCAUGCGGGGACAGCUUUUGGGCGCCGUACGUUUCUGCGCUCCCGUCCGAAUCGGACAUGGAGUGGGCGCACCCGCUGCUUUGGGCGACCGAGGAGAGGCGUGAGUGGCUAGAGGGGUCGCCGACGCUCGGGGUGCUGGAAAACAGGCUCGAGCAGUGCAGGUCAGACUGGGAGGCGCUGGAACAGGCCGGUGUGUCCGCAGCCCUUGCGGACGAGUUCGGACGGGACGUCGUGACGGAAGCGUCCGUCCGGUGGGCGGCCGCGAUCCUUCUCAGCCGGUCCUUUUCGCUAGACUUAGAUCUUGACAGGGACGGGCCAAGGCUCGCGCUCGUCCCGUGGGCCGAUCUCCUCAACCACAGCAGCGAAGCGACCGGGGCCUCGUGCCUGGUGUUCGACGACGAGACACGUGUCGCCACCCUGAGGGCCCACACCGACUACUCCGCCGGUCAGCAGGUCUUCGAUUCUUACGGCCCGGGACUCUCCCCCGGGCAGUUGUUUCUUGACUACGGGUUUGUCGACUGGGAGAAUGUACCGGUUCUUGUGGAAUUGCCGGCGUCAGUUCUCGGGAAGGUGAAGGGGAAGGCGAACCGGUCGCUGCUGCGAAGAGUGGGGCUUCCACAAGAGAGCACGCUUUUUACCCUCUCCCCCUCCGGUCUCGACGACACUCUGCUCGCGUGGACGCGCGCGGCAGUGGCGACGCCGGCCGAGCUCGCGGCUGCCGGAUGGACGCCCAAGAACUGCGGCCCUAGAGCCGCAGCGCGCGCGCUCGCGAGCUUCGCGGAGCCAGUCGGGAGGCGGAACGAGCUGCAGGCACUGUUAUUGCUGAUUCGGGCGUGUGACGAGCAGCUGAAAGGGUACCCGACCGAUCCACCGGGGUCGGACAACGGUCAACGUGAUACGGACGUUUCGGACAGCAGUCCUCGUCUGGUUGCCAAGAGGACAGCAGAGCAAUUGCAGGCCUUGGAGCAGAGGGCGAUUACCGGAGCGAGAAAGUGGUUAUUACGGCAGUUGCGAGUGGCGAAGAAAGAGCCCGAAAGCGAGAGUGAAGUUGAGUAGACUCGAUUGAGACGACCAUUGGGUCUUGAGUGUGGAACGGAAGCGAUGACUUUCGCCGUGAAAAGACCUGACAUGUGAUUCGGUGGGGGACAUUUGAGUCCUGUUGCUUCAGAAUUUGAAGUGUCGUGGGCCUCGGGUGCUAACAUAUGCACUGUACCUUCAUCCAAACCGAGGAUUGUCCAUACGCGUUGGAAGCCAUAUUUAUCAGUCUAUUUUG